GCGCAGGAGCUCGCAAACAACGAGAGAAAGAGACGCGCGCGUGCUCCUGACGCUGUGCGACGCACCUCGCACGGGCGCGAUAAUUUUCGUCAAGGGUAAAUUUGCAACCAGCGAGGGAAAAGGAAUCCGGGAAACGAUCGACGUGGCCGCGGCGACGGGGUAGCCCGUGCGAGCAGGAAAGGCUCUCCCUCUGACGAGGGGAAAAUUCGCGAGAGCCUGCUCUCCGAGGAAGACGGUGCUGCGAAUUAAAAUGGCUGUGACUGGCCGGGCCGAGCCGUGAGUGACGAGCGGACAACGAGAGCGCUUGGACGGCUCGCAGGAUCAGGAUCCUCCUCGUCGAGGAUCCCGAAACCGAUCGCUCGCUCGCUCGCGCUGUGGUCGAUGAGGUGCGGAGGAGCGCGGGCGGAGGGAUGACCCGUUGCGCGCUGGUGCGCAAAAAACCUUGCUGAUCGGCGGAUCCUGCGCCCCGCAGGACGUGCGGGGGGUGGAGAAAGAAAAUCGUCGAAAUCGAAGACGAGGAGGAGGAGGAGGAGGCAAGAUUGGUCGGGUAAAUUGAGAAAACGUCCUCGCGAAGGAUGAGAUCCUACGACGGUGAGAGCAGCUCGACGGAGGACGAUGAUCGCCGGGAGGGCCUGCCGGAGGCGCACCUCCAGCAAGGAUCCUGGCAACGCUCGGCGUCGCAUCCUACUUGGGCCUGGGAGCAUCGCAAUGCCCACCCACUACCCCCACAAUCCGCGGCGUCUCUCGAGUCCGUGUACUCGACACCUGGUGCCUCGCAUCCGGGUGUCUCGGGUCCACCGGCGGCGUAUUCAUCGGAACAUACACCCAGUGCACCAGGACGGAGGACCCCACUGGGUGCUGUGGGUCUCGGUGGUUUCUAUUUCCAGCAACAACCUCAACCACACACCUCGUCAAGCGCACUGUCCGACGAGAAUCGGCCCGAUGAGAGACCUGGAGCGUCGCGACUCAACUGUCCGCCUAAGUCGAAGACGACCCGUCAGGGGAAGAGCGUGAGGCUGAAUAUUAACGCGAGAGAACGCAGGAGGAUGCACGACUUGAACGACGCUCUGGAUGAGCUACGCUCCGUCAUCCCCUACGCUCACAGCCCCUCAGUGAGGAAGCUCUCAAAGAUAGCCACCCUCUUAUUGGCGAAAAACUACAUCCUCAUGCAAGGAAACGCCCUGGAGGAGCUCCGGAGAGUGAUAGCCGUCCUGCAAUCGCCGCACGCUCACACAACCGCCCUGCCACCCACGCCCGUCUCCUACGAUCUGCUUCAGGGAUUCCCGGGCAAGCUGUUUCAGGGGGUCCAGGAGAUGCAAGGACUCCCGGCGAGCGGCCCUCGCGAAAUCGUGACAGCCGGAGGCCCGCCGACCGACGGCACGGUCGCUAGCGGAGAAUCGAAUUAAGGACCUCGGUUGAUUUUCUAACGAAUGAUUUUCUUCUCUAGGCCAUGACUUUUUCGCGAGAAACUUCAGUCGAUCGACGCGGAGUCAAAUCGAUGAAACUGGGUCGAAUGGCGGGAGAUGCGAUUCGAAGCACGCAAAAAUUCUCCAGAAUGGAAGUUCUAGAGAGUGACGAUUGAUUGAUAAUUUACAUAAGAUUUCAUCUUGCGAGAUUGUUAGACUGGUUGCUAUUAUAUAAGGGAGAAGCAAGUCUCAAGGGAGCACUCGAAGACACGAGUAAUUCUUCUAAUUUCGAGCAAUUCCUUAGCCACGAAAGUAUUAAUUAUUAGAGUAUUGCAGAAGCGCUAAUUAACCUUUCAAGGAGCAGUCUGAUCUUUUCCUUUUUUUUAUAUUAACGCACAAUAAUCCCCGUAUUUAUUUAAAAAUGAAGAUGGUGCGAAUCAAAAAAUCCGUUUCAUUUCUUCCGUGGUAAUGUAGAGUCAUGUUAAGAUUAAAUCAAGCGAACAAAGUGAACGCGGUAUUAUCGAGCUCUUAUCAAAAAGUAAAAAAAUUAUUGCGAAAAAUCAAAGUAAAAUAAAAAAGGAAUUAUUUAAAAGGAGUUGGAGAAAAGCUUUCUUCACGGAAGAAAUAAAACGCACACUGAUUUCAAGGAAACUCCCGUUUCCCUGUCCUUGAGAGGAUUAAUCAAGCGCGUCUCAAAGUCCAGAUGAGGUUUGGGCGGAAGUAAUGCGAAAGUAUGGCGAAAGUACUAGCGAUUAAGCGGUUAACAGUCUAACGAUCAUACAGCCAAUGAUACAGCAAUAAGACGAAGGCGCAUUCUCCUUUGUCCGACGGUCGAUUCUCAAAGGGAAUGAGUUCUCAUCAGGACAUCGAUCAACUUCUCUUCAGAAAACUGGAGAAAAAAAAUUUGCGCGCGCAAACUUUUCAAAAUUGCGAUUUGAUUUCAUCGUUCUUCGCGCGAGAGCGAGGAAACUUGAGGAGACGAAAAGUGACGGGAGUAAUAUUCGCGGAAGAGUUUUGCGGCAAAAUUGCGCACGUUGUCCAGAACACUCGAUUCCCGGCGAGAAAUGGACAGUCGGAAGGACGAGAACGUCGCUGGGACUUGGAACGCGAAAACUUCCAAGUCUCGUCCUGAAACUUGAUAGUCAAUAUUAGUAUGUGAUACGUGUCGAGGAGUUCUAGUCAUAUACAACAUAAAGAUAUUGAAUAUUCAUAUACACAUAUACAAUAAAUAUAUAUAUACAUACAUACAUAUAUAUAUAUAUAUUUAAUAAUCUGAAAACGAGGCAUCGACUUACGACUUAUUUAUAUACUUAAGAGUCUACUACAAUGUGCCGAGGAUUUAUCUGCUUCUUGUGUGAGCGCGAAUGAGAGAGAGAAAGAGAGUGCGAUGAUGUGAAGAGAGGAGAAAACAAAACGAGAACACGAGAGAGAGAGAAAGAGAGAGAGAGAGAGAGAGAGAGAGAGAGAGAGAGAGAGAGAGAGAGAGAGUCGGAUGAAAAAAGUACUAUUUAUUACGCUAUUUGUAAAAGUACGAAGUCAUGUGGUCCUCACGAGGCCUGAGUUUUCUCGGCGGGGGUGAGGAUAAUCGCGAGGACGAAGCAGCGUCAACGAAGGCAAGAAGAACACUUGUUGUAAGAGUGUAGAUAUAAUUGUUUAGUGCUCCGAAUAAAAUCUAUUUAAGAAAAUCA